CUUGAUUUCCUUUGGAGUUUGGGAGGAGAGACGUGGGGAGGAGGGGGGGUGGAGAGGCUGCCUCUCUUAGGGCCUUCGUCAGAGCCAAGUGGCCAGGAAGAGCCUCAGCCCUUCCACAGCAGCGGCGAGCAGCGAGGUGAGGUCCCGGACAGCAGCCGAGGGAUCACACCCCUCUAGGACAAGAUGAAGCAGCUCUUCCUCCUCUUCCUCCUCGGGCUCAUCAGCAGGUCCUUGCAGAUCGAAGACAACAAGAUCCCUGGGCUGUGCUCAGGGCAGCCAGGCAUCCCAGGGACCCCUGGCCUGCACGGGGGGCAGGGUUUGCCAGGCAGAGACGGACGAGAUGGCCGGGAUGGAGCCAUGGGGAUGCCAGGGGAGAAGGGCGACAUGGGCCCUCCUGGAGUGCCCGGUCCCCGCGGGGAGGUGGGCAGCCCCGGCGUGGACGGGCUGCACGGUGAGAAGGGAGCUCAGGGCGAGUGCGCCGUGGCUCCUCGCUCCGCCUUCAGCGCCAAGCGCUCCGAGUCCCGCAGCCCUCCCCUGGCCGACCAGCCCAUCCUCUUUGACGUGGUGCUCAUCAACGAGCAGGGCCACUACGACCCAGCCACGGGCAAGUUCACCUGCGAGGUGCCCGGCCUGUACUACUUCGCCGUGCACGCCACCGUGUACCGCACCAGCCUGCAGUUCGACAUCAUGAAGAACGGCCACUCCAUCGCCUCCUUCUUCCAGUACUACGGCAACUGGCCCAAGCCCACCUCGCUCUCGGGGGGCACCCUGGUCCGUCUGGAGCCCGAGGACGAGGUGUGGGUGCAGGUGGGAGUGGGGGACUACAUCGGCUUCUACGCCAGCGUCAAGACGGACAGCACCUUCACCGGCUUCCUCGUCUACUCCUACUGGCAAAACUCCGCCGUGUUCGCCUGAGCCCGCCUUCGGCUGCCAGUGGGGCCGGGCAGGAGCCCCUUCCCAGCCCCCAGCGCGGUGGGAGCCGGGGCAGAGGGACCCCCGCCCUGCUCGGGGCUCAGAAACGUUCCCUGUGCUAUCGUGGGGGCGGUGGAACACCCCUGGAGCAGCGCUGGGUCAGAGCUCGCUGUUAUUUCGGGCACCCCCAGGGCAGGGCAAGCCGGGCAGAGUGGCCAGGAGCCCGUCCCGCGGGUCCUGCCCCAUCCCUCCCCUCAAUAAAGGGCUGCUCAGC